GAUGUAUGAAUCCAUCGUCCCUGUGAGACCAAAGGAAUGAAGCUUGUUUAUAGUACCCGCUAGUGCACAAAUAUCAGUUCCCGCAGGCAACGCGAUCCUGGGCUUUACCAGAUCUUUCGAUGGACUUCCACCAAGUAUUUCCCACUCGAAACAGUAUUGUGGCAAUCUAGCCAAUUAGUUGGUCUCAUCUCCGAGUAUUUGCUAGAUACCAAUGAUAGUCGCCUUUAGGGACCACUUUGGUUGACCUAGCCUUAGUUGGUCUUGGGCUGAAGUUUCUCGGCCUUUUACCAAGACAGCUGAGCCUCGAUUUCGGGCAUAGUGACAUCGGCCAUGCCCUUGAACCCCACAUACCUUGCAACCUCAGGGCAGGCAGGGCGAGAGCCAAGACUUGGCUGGCUUUCAGAUCCCCUACUGAGACGAACCCGCCGUCACUUUGCCAAGUCCGCCAUGGCGGAAACCAGGACUCUGGCUCUGGGCGCGAAGGAGCAAAUGAAAAAGUCACGGCACGGCGGAGGUGUAAAAUAUGGGGCCCAAAUGGUACUGUCACUCUCAUACCCCGGUCUUCCCCACAGCAAGAUGGUGGUGUAGCUCUGGUCGAGGACCCUCGAUUAUAAAGCCUGGGGCGUUUCCUGGAGACUCCAGUCCGGGGUAGAACCCACAAUCAACUACAACUCACUUCUCCAACAUGUCAAGUCCGGCGGAAAAUGAGAAGAACUUGCAGGCGUUGUUCCCCAGUUCCGAACAUAUUCAAGACGCAUCCCAUUCACCACCUCAUGCCGCUCUGGACAGGGAAGCGCGCAUACAGUAUGAGCGUGACCGGGCGAGUUUUGGUACCAAGUUCUUCAAGUACUUCGGAUGGAUGGGUGACUUGCCCGAAUGGAAGAUCGGUGGGGAGAAGCUCAAGGGUAGAGCCCUGAAUUGGUCCAUAGGGUUCAUCGCUAGCUGCGGGUUCCUUAUGUUCGGCUACGAUCAGGGUGUACUGAGUGCCUUGCUCACGCUUGAUUCCUUUCAGGAGGUGCUUCCACUCAUGACCCCUCGCGAUAAAUCAAAUGAUCUCUGUUGGCUCGAUAACCCGACCAACACCAUCCCCCAUCCUACGUACUGCACAGGUGAUGCAAAUACCCAGGCAGCAGGAGUCGCGAUAUACCAGAUCGGAUGCUGGAUGGGUUCACUUGUAAUUUUAGCGUACGGUGAACGCUGGGGACGAAAGUCAAGUACUUUCUGGGGUUCUCUUAUUAUGAUUAUUGGAACGAUUAUGCAGGCAGCCUGCUUCGACUACGGCUUGUUCGUGGCAGGUCGUGUUGUUGGAGGUGUUGGCAACGGCAUGGUAACAUCUAGUGAGUCUUUAGCAAGGUAUCUGCUACAUUCAACGAUACUGACCGGUGUAGCAAUUCCAACAUGGCAGUCCGAAUGUGCGCGACCGCACCAGCGCGGUGUCCUGAUCAUGCUCUCGGGGGCUCUUAUAUCUGCCGGCGUUAUGAUCGCAUACUGGGUUGAUUACGGGUUCUACUUCCUGACUGGUUCCGUCCGCUGGAGGUUCCCACUGAUGUUCCAAUCAUUCUUUACUAUCAUUGUCAUGAUCGGCUUGCUUUAUCUGCCCGAUUCCCCAAGAUGGCUCACCAUGCAGGGACGCCAUGUUGAGGCCCGGGAUGUUACUGCUCGGCUUGUUGGUAAGCCAGAAGACGAUGCAGAGGUCGAAGAAGAGUUACGCAACAUCAACGAAGCGUUGGAGGUCCAGAGCCGCGGCGGUAGCUUCAAGUACCGUGAGCUGCUCACCAACGGACCGUCGCAAAACCUCCGUCGUUCUACUUUGGCUAUGGUCUCUCAAUUUUUCCAACAAAUGUGUGGCAUAAAUCUCGUGACAUACUACGCCACUAUGAUCUUUGAAAACUCUCUCGGAUUCGGGCCAGAAAUGGCACGUCUUCUCGCCGCCUGUAAUGGAACCGAGUACUUCAUGGCGUCACUCAUAGCGCUGCCACUCAUUGAACGGACCGGUCGGCGGAAGCUGAUGAUCAUCGGUGCCUUUGGAAUGAUGGUCUCAAUGGCAAUUCUAGCUGGCACUGUAUCCACGGGCGAAAUGAUGGAAAGCGGAGCACCCAAGCUCGAGAUACAAUAUGGCGUUACGGCGACUGUGUUCUUAUUCGUUUUUAAUUCGUUCUUCGCCAUUGGCUGGCUGGGGAUGACCUGGCUAUAUCCAGCUGAGAUCACAAACCUUCGCAUUCGCAUUCAAGCCAAUGCCCUGUCCACCAGUUCCAACUGGAUGUCCAACUUCCUUAUUGUCAUGAUCACUCCACCUGCGUUUGCAAACUUGGGGUACCAGACGUACAUCAUUUUCGCAGUCUUCAAUGCUGCACUUAUUCCCUGCGUUUAUCUCUUCUUCCCAGAGACCAAGGGCCGCACACUGGAAGAGCUGGACGUGGUCUUCGCUAGUGCUAAUGCUCAGGGCAUCUCGCCAGUGAAGCAGAGCUUGCAGAUGCCAAAAUUGGCCGGGGACAACCUGGACCGAGAGUUGGCGCGCUACUUUGGUACAAGUAGUGAUGAGGAGACUUCAAGGGAGAAGUAGAUGGCAUUUAUUGGGAACCUUUGUUGGUUGUUGGUGGUCGCGCAUCGUCUUAGAAGAUCAGCAUGGUCUUUGUUUCCACCUUCGCAGUAGAUCACUUUGUGUUGAGAGCAAUGUUGGGCUUGUAUUGGUGAGAAGCCCAAUAUACAGAUUUGUUUUAUUUCCUCGGCUCGAGU